GGGGGGGUUGCAAAACAGACCAUCGCACAGAGUGAGGAGGGCAGGGUUCAGUCUGGCCAGGGCAGGGUGAGGGGACUAGCUGGGCAGAGACACAAUACUGAACUACUAAACAGGACCUCGAACAGACAGACACUACUACUACUGAACAGGACCUCGAACAGACAGACUGGCUGACUGACUGACAGACAGACAGCAUUUCAGGAUGCUCAGGUGCCUGAUAAAGGACUUUGAGACGCGUCCGUCGGUCACACACCUGUUGGAGCACCCCUUCAUAAAGCAGGCUCAUGGCAAAGACUCCACCCUGCGGCAGCAGCUCUCCUCACUCAUCAAGGAGCAGCAGGAGCACGGGUGCAGGAGGAGGACCAGGCACGAGAGGAUUAACACGCGUAAGACGCUGAUCAUCGAAAGCUCCCCUGAUGAUGACUUGGUGAAUCUGGAGGCGCUCGACGAGGAAACAAUCAUCAGUCAUCUCCAGAGGAGGUAUGGUGACCUGCAGAUCUACACGUAUGUGGGGGACAUCCUCAUCGCCCUCAACCCCUUCCAGUCCCUCAGCAUCUACACUCAACAGUUCUCCAAGCUGUACCAUGGAGUGAAGCGCUCAGAAAACCCCCCACACAUCUUUGCCACGGCAGACGCCGCGUAUCAGAGCAUGGUCACCUUCAGCAAGGAUCAGUGCAUCAUCAUUAGCGGGGAGAGCGGAGCAGGGAAGACGGAGAGUGCCCACUUGAUCGUCCAGCACCUGACCUUCCUGGGAAAGGCCAACAACCGCACGCUACGGGAGAAGAUCCUCCAGGUGAACCCCCUGCUGGAGGCCUUCGGGAACGCCUGCACCGCCAUCAACGACAACUCCAGCCGCUUCGGGAAGUACCUGGAGAUGAGGUUCACCCCCACCGGUGCGGUCAUGGGCGCCAAGAUCUCUGAGUACCUCCUGGAGAAGUCCCGGGUCAUCAAACAGGCAGCAGGAGAGAAGAACUUCCACAUCUUCUACUACAUCUAUGCUGGCCUGUACCAUCAAGAGAAACUCGUGAAGUACGGACUCCCGGAUAAAACACCGCCGAGGUACAUUGACAGUCAGAAUGGGAAGGUAAUGCAGGACAUCGUCUCCAGUAAGCUGUACAAGGAGCAGUUUGAUGCCAUCCAGGACUGCUUCAGGAUCAUCGGAUUCACGGAGGAGGAGGUCAACUCUGUGUACAGGAUCCUGUCUGCCAUCUUGAACACGGGCAACAUUGAGUUCACCUCCAUCACCUCCCAGCACCAGACUGACAAGAGUGAAGUGCCCAACACACAGGCUUUGGACAAUUCUGCCGAUCUCCUGAGCAUUGGUUCGGAGGAGCUGCAGGAGGCCCUGACGUCCCACUGCGUGGUGACGCGCGGCGAGACCAUCAUCCGCAACAACACGGUGGACAAGGCCAUCGACGUGCGCGACGCCAUGUCCAAAGCCCUCUACGGACGCCUCUUCAGCUGGAUCGUCAACCGCAUCAACGCCCUGCUCCAGCCCGACACCAACAUCUGCGCUGCAGACAGUGGGAUGAAUGUGGGCAUCCUGGACAUCUUCGGCUUCGAGAACUUCAAGAAGAACUCCUUCGAGCAGCUCUGCAUCAACAUCGCCAAUGAGCAGAUCCAGUUCUACUUCAACCAGCACAUCUUUGCCCUGGAGCAGAUGGAGUACCAGAGCGAGGGUGUGGACGCCAGCCUGGUGGAGUACGAGGACAACCGGCCAAUCCUGGACAUGUUCCUGCAGAAGCCCAUGGGCCUGCUCUCGCUGCUGGACGAGGAGAGCCGCUUCCCCCAGGCCACGGACCAGACACUCGUGGACAAAUUUGAGGAUAAUCUGCGCUGCAAGUACUUCUGGAGGCCCAAGCGGGUUGAACUCACCUUUGGGAUUCAGCACUACGCCGGAAAGGUUCUGUACAAUGUGCACGGGUUCCUGGAGAAGAACCGGGACACGCUCCCAGCAGACAUCGUGGUGGUGCUGAGGACCUCCGAGAACAAGCUUCUGCAGCAGCUCUUCUCCAGUCCGCUCACCAAGAUAGGUGGGACUCGAACCCUGAACCUCACCCUAAAACACCCUAAUAGAACCCUGAACCUCACCCUAAAACAUCCUAAUAGUCCUAAUGUGGACACCAUGGAGAUGAUGCGACACCCUGAGGAGACCACCAACAUGAGGAGGCAGACUGUGUCCUCGUAUUUCCGCUACUCUCUAAUGGACCUGCUGUCUAAGAUGGUGGUGGGCCAGCCCCACUUUGUGCGCUGUAUCAAGCCCAACGACGACCGCCAGGCCCUGCGCUUCUGCAAGGAGCGCGUCGUGCUGCAGCUACGCUACACCGGUAUCCUGGAGACCGUCAACAUCCGUCGCCUGGGUUACUCCCAUCGCAUUCUGUUUGAGGAGUUUGUCAGCAGGUACUACUACCUUGCGUUCAGAGCCCAUCAGAUGCCUGAGAGCAGUAAGGAGAAUUCCAAAGUCAUCCUGGAGAAGGCCAAACUGGAGAACUGGAGUGUUGGAAAAACCAAGGUGUUUCUGAAGUACUACCACGUGGAGCAGUUGAACCUGAUGCUGCGGGAGGUGAUGGCCAGGGUGGUGGUGCUGCAGGCCUACACCAAGGGCUGGCUGGGGGCGCGACGCUACCGCCGCGAGAGGGAGCGCCGCAGGCACGGGGCUACCAUCAUACAGUCAGCCUGGAGGGGCCAUGCUGCUCGCCAGAAUCUCAAGCACAUCAGAAAGGAGCGCGCCGAGGCGGCUGUCCGGAUCCAGUCAGCCUACAGAGGACACAGAGUGCGCGAAGACUGCAAGCAGAAACGCCAGUCCGCACCAGCAACACUGGGGAGCAGCUCAGCGACCCAGGGGAAAGAUUCGACCAUGGAUAAUCAUAUCCUGAAAGACAAGGCUCCAGCUGACAGUGGCUGUGGUGGUGGUGGUGACAGGCAGGCCAGAGCAGACAGCCUUGACAGAGGCCCGUCCCGAGACUACAGCAGCAGCAGCAGCAGCAGCAGCCACAGAGACCCCAGCAGAAACAGCAUCGGCAGCGGCGGAGUGACAGGCAUCCUCCGAAACCAGCACAAUAAACAAGGUAGGGACCGGUCAAUGGACGCUCACAUACACGCAUGCAUGCAGGUGUACGUGUGUACAGGUGUGUGUGCAUGCAGUGAGAAUAGUGAAGAAGCCUGA